AUGGCUCCAAAAGGACCAACACCUGAUAAAGCGAGAUUAGGACUGCCUGAUCGAUGGCUUCACUGUCCAAAAACUGGAACGCUUGUGAACGAUCUGUUUUUCCCGUUCAAAACACCGCUCUGUAAAAUGUAUGAUCAGCAAAUUGCGGAAAGAAAACUGCAAUUUCACCCAUCAGACGUGUUUACAAGUCCGUUUCUGAAUGGCCGCAAACUCGGUCUGUGGAUCGACCUCACUAACACCGAUCGAUAUUACUUCCCGGAUGAAGUUACCGAAAAAGGAUGCAUCUAUCGAAAGAUUGCAAUGGCUGGACGUGGAAUGUCACCAACAAAAGAGGAAACUGACAAAUUCAUUGAAAUCGUGCAAGAGUUUCAUGAAAAGAACCCGGAUCUCGUUGUAGGAAUUCAUUGUACUCAUGGUUUCAACAGAACUGGAUUUCUAAUUGCGGCGUUUUUGUUUCAAGUUAAUGAAUACGGACUCGAUGCAGCCAUCACAGAAGUUGCCGGAAAUCGUCAAGGAGGAAUUUACAAGCAAGACUACAUAGACGAUCUAUAUGAACGCUAUGAUCCCGGAGAGGAUGAUAGAAUUGUGGCUCCAGAAAAACCAGAUUGGGAACGAGAUACAGCAAAUCUCAUUGACAAUGCAGUGCCUUCCAGUAGUCAACCAGCUGCUCAUUCGAAUGGAAAUGGGCAUCAGAAUGGUCACAGUCAAAACGGUCGAACAUCCAACUCUAAACAGUUCAUGGAUGGACUCAUUGAAGGUGUCAGACAUUGCGAAGAUCCGGGAAAAAAGAGCAUUCUACAGGCGAAGGUUCAAGAACUUUGCAAGUGGAAUAAACAAGGAUUUCCUGGUCUCCAACCGGUUUCUUUGAGUCGCAAGAAUAUAAAAUUACUGGAAGAAGAAGAUUACAUGGUGUCUUGGAAAGCCGACGGAAUGAGAUAUAUUGUGUACAUGAACGACGGUGAAGUGUACGCUUUCGAUCGUGAUAAUGAGGUUUUCGAGAUAGAGAAUUUGGAUUUUGUGACGAAAGACGGAUCUCCGCUCCUAGGAACUCUUGUGGAUACCGAAGUUAUCAUCGAUAAAGUGAUGGAGCACGGCUACGAAGUCAACAAGCCCCGAAUGCUAAUCUACGAUAUUAUGCGGUUUGCAGGAUUUAAUGUGAUGAAGGAACCAUUUCACAAGCGAUUCGAAAUUAUUCAAACAGAAAUUAUCAACAAACGAAAAGCUGCAUUCGUCUCGGGUCGCAUUCGACCAGAACGGCAAAUCAUGUCAGUGCGAAGAAAGGAUUUCUAUGAUUUGUGUGCCACUGCGAAGCUGUUUGAACCGAAGUUUGUACAGCAUGUUGGACAUGAAAUCGACGGUCUCAUUUUCCAGCCAAAACAUCGGCCAUAUGAAACAGGAAGAUGUGACAAAGUGCUGAAAUGGAAGCCCCCAUCGCACAACUCUGUGGAUUUCCUCCUGAAAAUUGAGAGGCAUGUUCGCGAAGGAAUGCUACCGGAAUGGACAGGAAAUCUGUUCGUUCAAAAUUGCCAACAACCGUUCGGAACGAUGCCAGUGACAGGCAGUUUGAGGGCAUACAACAAUAAGAUUAUCGAAUGUACUAUGACUGUUGAUGAUCAUGGACGGCCAAAAUCGUGGAAAUUCAUGAGAGAACGAACGGAUAAGUCACUUCCCAAUGGUUUAAAUACUGCGAAAAACGUGGUGGAUACUAUGGUGAAUCCGGUGACAGAACAGUACUUGACAGAUUAUAUCAAGCAUGCACUUCGAGUUUUGGAGGUAAAAAAGCAACAGAGGCACAAAGCGCAACAUCAAGAAGGUCCACCUCAAAAACGGCAAAAAACUUAA